AUGAUUUGUAUUCUCAACAAUAGCAUAUUUUUGCUAUUGACACUAAUAAUAUAUAUUGUACAAUCAACAACAAUAUAUCAUAAUGAUUAUGAACCUCGUGUAUUUGAUUACAUUCCAUCUAAUUGUUACGAUUGUUUAUCAUAUCGUGAUAUAAUAUUAACACAAUUAACAGAUGUUCCAGCACGAUCAUUUGCAAAUUUUAAUUUAGGUUCACGUGAUACAAAUAUGAUAUUAAAUGGUCAAUUAAAUUUACGUUUACAUCCAUAUGCAUUUCAAUCAUUAAUUGUAUAUAAACCAAAUAAAACAUUAACAAUAACAUUAACAGCACCAAAUUCUUGGUUAAAUAUAACAGAAAAUACAUUUAAUGGUCUUGAACUUCAUUCAUAUUCAACCAUACAUAUAAUAAUAAAAUUCUUUUAUGGUUGUACAUUUCAUAAAAAUUCAUUAUCUGGUAUUAAAAUGGAUAAAUAUUCUCGUUUAAUACUUGAUAUAUCAUCAGUAACUGAAAUUGUUUUUGAAAAUAAUAUAAUUAAAGAAAAUGAUUUUAACUCAUCAGUUAAGUUUCUUAUAUCACGUACAGAUACAAUUAUAUUUGAUUCAUAUUCAUUUUUUCAAUUAAAUAUUAAAUUAAAUCAAAUAAUUUCGUUUGAUUUUGAAUUAAUAUCACAUAUACAUUUUAAAUCUUAUUCAUUUAAAUCAUUACAAUUACAAACAUCAAGUUCAUUUAGGUUUUAUUCAAUAUUUUUAAAUCGUUUAACUAUUGAUUCAUAUGCAUUCGAAAAUAUGUUAUUAGAUUCAAAUUCAAUAUUUAAUUUUACUAUACAUACAUUAGGUACAUGUUUAUGUUUAAAAUCAUAUUCAUUUGAUAAUUUACAAACGAAAUAUAAAAGUGAAAAUAUUCUUAUUUUAUUUCAAUUUAAUACUCUUCGAGGUUUAUCAUUGUUUUCAAAUACAUUUUCAAAUUUAUCAUUAAACAGCAUUGAUAAUCAAUUAAAAAUAUAUUCAAAUAAUCCAUUAAAUGAUCCAAAUCUAAUUAUUAAUUUUGCUGUAGAUACAUUUUCAACAAUAAAUAAUGGUUCAAUUAUUUUAAAUUUUUCUGAAGUUAUUUUAGUUAGAUUUGAAAAAAAUUCAUUAAAAACAAAUUAUUUAAAUCAUAAAAUUUUUUUCAAAGGUAUUUCAUUUGUCGAUUUAUCGGCAUUAAAUUAUAAAUUAAUUAAAAAACAUUUUCAUUUAUAUUUUGAUGAUAUUCAAUAUGUUAAAUGGUCUAAGCAAAAUAUUGAAGAACAGAAUCUUAUUCAUCUUCAUCCUUCAUUAAUUCAAUAUCAUUUUACUUAUAUUUCAAAUUCUUCUUGUCUUAUUUAUUCAGCUUCACGUUCUAUUCCAUGGUUAUUUUCAAUGUCAAAUUUAACAAUAUGUAAUUGUCCUUUAUUUUAUGCGUAUAAACAUGGUCAACUUGAUAGACAAUUAAUUCCUUGUCUAAAUUCGAUGUCUCAAUUUGAAAUAAUACAACAAAUGAAUGAAUGUAAUUUUGAUCGAAUAGAAAAUCAUUGUUAUUUAACACUUCAAUCAUUAACAAAUUUAAAUAAUACAAAUGAAAAUCUUUCUUCAAAAAUUUUUCAUUCAUUUGAAUUAAAUAAUUUAUUAAUUCAACAAUUAUACGAUAAAAGUUAUCUUUCAUGUUCAUUUAAUUAUUCAUUAUUAUCAUCAACAUUAAUUAUACGUUCACGUUUAUUGAAUAAUUUCGGUCUUGUUAUUGGUAUUAUAAUUGGUAUAUUUAUUACAUUACUUAUUAUUGUUAUAGCUUUAUUAAAUGGUUUACAAUAUAAAAUGAGAGAAUAUGAUGAAACAUGGACAUGGAGACGAAAUAUGUCAUGGACAACAUUACGACGAACAUUAUCACAAACAUCAUUAAGACGUUCACGAAGAGAUUUAUGUACAUUAAAUAGUCAUGGUAUAACAUCAAAAUCGGAUAAUCAACUUGAUCGUUUAAGAUAUGAACAACAGGAUACUAAUGAUCAUGAAUUAGAUUAUGAUUUAAAACAAUCUCAGUCAAUACAAGAAAAUUUAAAAAAUAAUAAUAGACUUUAUUUGUGA